GAGCGGGCGCGGUGCACUGUGGGCAGAGGGGCGGGGGUUGGGAAGAUGGCGGCUCCCAGCCUCCUCAACUGGAGGCGGGUUUCCUCCUUCACGGGGCCGGUACCCCGCGCCCGGCACGGACACCGAGCCGUGGCCAUCCGGGAGCUGAUGAUCAUCUUUGGCGGGGGCAAUGAGGGCAUCGCGGAUGAGCUGCACGUCUACAACACCGUUACAAAUCAGUGGUUCCUACCAGCUGUUAGAGGAGACAUCCCUCCAGGCUGUGCUGCCCAUGGAUUUGUCUGUGAUGGUACCAGAAUAUUAGUAUUUGGGGGAAUGGUUGAAUAUGGAAGAUACAGCAAUGAGUUAUAUGAGUUACAAGCAAGUCGAUGGUUAUGGAAAAAAGUGAAACCCCACCCCCCUUCUUCUGGUUUACCUCCUUGUCCUCGGCUUGGACAUAGUUUUUCUUUAUAUGGUAACAAAUGCUAUUUGUUUGGUGGUCUGGCAAAUGAAAGUGAAGAUUCAAACAAUAACGUUCCCAGAUAUUUAAAUGAUUUCUAUGAGUUGGAGCUGCAGCAUGGUUCUGGUGUUGUGGGAUGGAGCAUUCCAGUCACUAAAGGGAUUGUGCCUUCUCCAAGAGAAUCUCACACAGCUGUUAUAUAUUGCAAAAAAGAUUCUGGAAGUCCUAAAAUGUAUGUUUUUGGUGGAAUGUGUGGUGCUCGCCUGGAUGACCUGUGGCAGCUUGACUUAGAAACUAUGUCAUGGUCAAAACCAGAAACUAAAGGGACAGUUCCACUUCCACGAAGCCUUCACACGGCCAGUGUUAUAGGAAAUAAAAUGUACAUUUUUGGUGGAUGGGUUCCACAUAAGGGGGAAAAUAUUGAGACUUCACCUCAUGAUUGUGAAUGGAGAUGUACCAGUUCAUUUUCUUACCUAAAUCUAGAUACAGCAGAGUGGACCACUCUAGUAUCAGAUUCUCAGGAAGAUAAAAAAAAUUCAAGACCAAGACCAAGAGCUGGACACUGUGCCGUAGCAAUUGGCACUCGAUUAUAUUUUUGGAGUGGAAGAGAUGGCUACAAAAAAGCACUGAAUAGUCAAGUUUGCUGCAAGGAUCUUUGGUAUCUUGAUACUGAGAAACCACCAGCACCAUCACAAGUACAGUUGAUCAAAGCUACUACCAACUCUUUCCAUGUCAAGUGGGAUGAAGUACCUACCGUUGAAGGCUAUCUUUUGCAGCUGAAUACAGACUUGCCUUACCAAGCUGCACCAUCAGAUUCUUCAGCAGCAUUAAAUAUGUCAGGAGGCAGAGUGGACCCUCAGAGACAAGGCAGUAAUAGCAUCCUUCCGAACAGUAUCAGUGACACAGUAAACAGUACAAAAGUGGAGCAUUCAGCCAUGAGAGGAACUGCAAUGAAAAACAAACAAGAUUUCAAAGCAACAGAUUCUAAUGCCAUUUUAUAUUCUUCUUUGGCAUCUAAUGCUUCUAAUCAUAAUAGUUGUAUGGUGGAUAUGCUAAGGAAAAAUGAAGGUCCUCACACUUCAGCAAAUGUAGGUGUACUAAGUAGUUGCCUGGACUUAAGAACAGUAACCCCUGAAACUUCGGUGUCCAGUACUGUUUCCAGCGCACAAACUAUGGUAACCCAGCAGACCAUUAAAACUGAAUCAUCCAGUACAAAUGGGGCAGUUGUUAAAGAUGAAACUUCACUAACAACAUUCAGUACCAAAUCUGAAGUUGAUGAAACAUGUGCUCUGCCUGCAACUAAGAUUAGCCGAGUAGAGAUGCAUGCUGUACCCAUGCCAUUUGCUAAAGAGUCUCCUUCAAAUCCAGUGGCCACAGUGAAAGCAGGAGAACGACAGUGGUGUGAUGUGGGAAUUUUUAAAAAUAAUACAGCUUUGGUGAACCAGUUUUAUUUGCUGCCAAAAGGGAAGCAAAACAUCUCCAAGGUAGGAAAUGCAGAUGUACCUGACUACAGUUUACUUAAGAAACAAGAUCUUGUUCCAGGCACUGGAUACAGGUUUAGGGUUGCUGCAAUCAAUGGUUGUGGAAUAGGCCCUUUCAGCAAAAUCAGUGAAUUUAAAACUUGUAUUCCUGGUUUUCCUGGAGCCCCUUCAGCAGUCAGAAUUUCAAAGAAUGUUGAAGGUAUCCACCUUUCCUGGGAGCCUCCAACUUCACCUUCUGGAAAUAUUUUGGAAUAUUCAGCCUACUUGGCUAUCCGCACAGCACAGAUACAAGAUAAUCCAAGCCAGCUUGUGUUCAUGAGGAUUUAUUGUGGUCUUAAAACAUCAUGUAUAGUAACUGCUGGGCAACUUGCAAAUGCACAUAUUGAUUAUACAUCCAGGCCUGCCAUUGUGUUCAGGAUAUCAGCAAAGAAUGAAAAGGGAUAUGGACCAGCUACACAAGUUCGAUGGCUUCAAGUUCACAGCAGCAGGCUUCUGACCUGCUACCCUCCUGAGAUGGUUCUGGCAAAGGUCGGGAAUAAUCUCCCAUUUCCAAAUCUAGUGAUCUCUUUCUUCCUACUUAAUCUUGUCAUCUGAGCACUCCUUGGCACUUCCAUUUUCCACAGCUAUGACACCACAUUCUGUCUUUUAUGCACCUCCUCCUGUCUUCGUCCACGUUUCCUUGGCCAUCUGUCUGCAUGCCUUGCCAGCCUGAGGAAGCCUUCAACACACUCUACCUCCUGGUAGAUUUAAC